UACACCACAGCCAGCUCCUUUCGGGUGCAAUGGAAGCCACCGAGCACGUACAGUGAAUUCGAUGGCUACCAGGUGAUGCUCUCCACCUCGCGACGCAUCUUCAAUGUGCCGCGUAACGAAGGAGACUCUGUGUACUUUGAUUAUCCGGAUGUCCUGGAGGCGGGUCGCACCUACGAGGUGGUGGUGAAGACCAUAGCGGAUAAUGUGAACUCCUGGCCCACAAGUGGCUUUGUUACGCUGCGUCCGCGUCCGGUGAGAAGCCUGAGCGGAUUCCUCGAUGACCACAGCAAUGUGCUGCACAUUUCCUGGGAGCCAGCGGAGACGGGACGACAGGAUGCCUAUAAAAUAAGCUACCAUGAGCAGACCAAUGUGAGCGAAGCAACACCCACAUUUCCCGUCGCCUCAGAGACACAGAUCCGUACCAAUCUCACCGAGUAUACACUGGAUUCAUUGCUACCCGGACGUCGCUAUAUGAUUGCCGUUCAGGCUCUAUCCAUGGAGGUGGCCUCCAAUGCCAGCUAUAUAACCCGAUUCACCCGUCCAGCGGCACCGCUCAUCCAGGAGCUGCGAAGCAUCGAUCAGGGUUUGAUGGUCAGCUGGCGAAGCGAUGUGAAUUCACGUCAGGAUCGCUACGAGGUUCACUAUCAAAGGAAUGGAACACGCGAGGAGCGAACGAUAGCCACCAAUGAGACGACGCUAACGAUAAACUAUCUGCAUGCGGGAUCCGGUUACACGGUGAAGGUGUAUGCCAUUAGCCAUGGAAUCCGCAGCGAGCCACACACCUAUUUCCAGGCAGUUUUUCCCAAACCACCGCAGAAUCUCACCCUGCAAACGGUGCACACGAACCUGGUGGUUCUCCAUUGGCAACCGCCGGAGGGCAGUGAUUUCAGUGAAUAUGUUGUACGCUAUCGCACAGAUGCCUCACCCUGGCAACGCAUUGCCGGUUUGCAUAAGAACGAGGCUCGGAUUGAGGAUAUGCAUUAUGGAGAACGUUAUAUUGUUCAGGUGAACACCGUCAGCUUUGGUGUGGAGAGUCCACAUCCGUUGGAGCUGAAUGUAACGAUGCCACCGCAACCGGUAUCGAAUGUGGUGCCUCUGGUGGAUUCACGUAAUCUCACACUGGAGUGGCCACGUCCCGAUGGCCACGUAGACUUUUACAGCCUCAAAUGGUGGCCCACCGACGAUGCGGAUAGUGUGGAAUUCAAGAAUGUUACCCAACUGGAGGAUUUGAGCUCUCCCAGUGUGCGGGUACCCAUCGAGGAUCUAUCCCCAGGCCGGCAAUAUCGUUUCGAGGUGCAGGCCAGCUCCAAUGGCAUUCGCUCCGGCAUCACACACCUCUCCACGCGCACCAUGCCGCUCAUCCAGUCGGAUGUCUUCAUUGCCAAUGCCGGUCAUGAGCUGGGCCAGGAUGAGACGAUCACGUUGAGCUAUACACCAACGCCGGCGGCUAGCACACGCUUCGAUAUCUAUCGCUUCUCAAUGGGUGACCCAAAGAUCAAGGACAAGGAGAAGCUGGCCAAUGAUACGGAACGUAAGCUAAGCUUUAAUGGCCUGACGCCGGGCAAGCUAUACAACGUGACCGUUUGGACUGUGAGCGGUGGAGUGGCCAGUUUGCCAGUACAGCGUCUAUAUCGUCUACAUCCCCUGCCCAUCUCGGAUUUGGUGGCCAGCCAGGUGGCUGCUCGUGAAAUAACCCUACGCUGGACAGCUCCCAUUGGUGAAUAUACCGAUUUUGAGCUACAGUAUCUAAGCGCGGACGAGGAGGCGCCCCAAUUGUUGCAGAAUGUGACCAAAAAGACGGAGAUUACGCUGCAGGGACUACGACCGUAUCAUAAUUACACAUUCACCGUGGUGGUGCGAUCUGGAUCCACCCAGGCCCCCGAUUCGGAUAUUUCUGGGAGCACGCUAAUGCGUAGCAGUGCACCCAUUUCGGCGAGCUACCAAACGCUGCCCGCACUGCCUGGCAAGGUGGAAUUCUUCCAGCCCAGCGAUGUGCAACCAGGAGAGGUAACCUUCGAUUGGAUACUGGAACCAGGAGAGCAGCAUGGCCCCAUCGAUUACUAUAGGAUAACGUGCCAGAAUGCAGAUGAUGCAGGCGACGAUGUGACCACCUACGAAUUCCCAGCGAAUGCCACGCAGGGCAGGAUCGGAGAUCUAGUGCCUGGAAAUCAAUACGUUUUCCGGAUACAGGCGAAAUCAGAGCUGGGUUACGGUGCCGAGCGAGAGUACAUCCAGCGGAUGCCUAUACUAGCGCCACCCAUACCAGAAGCGAAUGUUACACCGCUGGAGGUGAGCCGAACCAGCAGCACCAUUGAGAUUAGCUUCCGGCAAGGAUACUUCUCCAAUGCCCAUGGCAUGGUGCGUUACUAUACCAUCAUUGUGGCGGAAGAUGUGGGCAAGAAUGCCUCCGGACUGGAGAUGCCCAGCUGGCAGGAUGUGCAGGCGUAUACGGUGUGGUUGCCCUACCAGGCCAUCGAGCCAUACAAUCCCUUCCUAAGCUCAAAUGGCAGUCGACGAAGGAGCAAUAAUCUACUAGAGGCGGAGCAUUUCACCAUCGGCUCGGCCAAUUGUGACUCCCAUCCCGCGGGAUACUGCAACGGACCGCUGCGCUCGGGGACAACGUACAGGAUCAAGGUGCGAGCCUUCACCGACGAGGACAAAUUCACGGAUACGGCGUAUAGUUCACCGAUAACUACGGAGCGUAGCGAUACCAUGAUUGUGGCCCUAACCAUGUCCGCCGUACUGCUGGUGGCAGUGGUGCUAUUGGUGGCCUACUGCCAGCAUCGCUGCCAGCUAAUCCGACGAGCCAGCAAGCUGGCACGGAUGCAGGACGAACUAGCUGCCCUGCCCGAAGGCUAUGUGAUACCAAAUCGUCCUGUGCAUGUCAAGGAUUUUGCCGAGCACUAUCGUUUGAUGUCAGCCGACUCGGAUUUUCGCUUCAGCGAGGAAUUUGAUGAUCUAAAGCAUGUGGGUCGCGAUCAACCCUGCAGCUUUGCGAAUUUACCCUGCAAUCGUCCCAAGAAUCGUUUCACCAACAUCCUGCCCUACGACCAUUCACGCUUCAAGCUUCAGCCGGUGGACGAUGACGAUGGCUCCGAUUACAUCAAUGCCAACUAUAUGCCGGGUCAUAAUUCACCGCGUGAAUUUAUUGUAACCCAGGGACCGCUGCAUUCAACCCGCGAGGAAUUCUGGCGAAUGUGCUGGGAGAGCAAUUCGAGGGCAAUAGUGAUGCUGACGCGUUGCUUUGAGAAGGGACGCGAGAAAUGUGAUCAGUAUUGGCCUGUGGAUCGUGUGGCCAUGUUUUAUGGCGACAUUAAGGUGCAGCUAAUAGUGGAUACGCAUUUCCAUGACUGGAGCAUAUCGGAAUUUAUGGUUUCCAGGAACUGUGAAUCCCGGAUAAUGCGACACUUUCACUUCACCACCUGGCCGGACUUUGGGGUACCGGAGCCACCGCAAUCGCUGGUGCGAUUUGUGCGCGCCUUUCGCGAUGUCGUUGGCACCGAUUCGCGACCCAUUAUUGUCCAUUGCAGCGCAGGAGUGGGCAGAUCGGGCACAUUUAUAGCCCUCGAUCGGAUACUGCAGCACAUACACAAGUCCGACUAUGUGGACAUUUUUGGUAUUGUGUUUGCCAUGCGAAAGGAGCGUGUGGUCAUGGUGCAGACGGCAGCAGUAUGUGUGCAUCCAUCAGUGUUUGCUGGCAGUGCUGGAGGGCAAGGAGCAUCUGCUGGCCGAUUCCCUGGAGCUGCAUGCCAACGAUGGCUACGAAGAUGACGAGGGCAUUGCUGAGACGGGAAUCUGAGGAUGCUGAGCUGCUGCGGUUAUCAACA